AUGGGCUUCACAAUCAAGGGCACACUGGCUGAAGUUUCGCGACACCGCAAUGCUUACAUUCUGGCCUUAUCCGCCUCCAUGGGAUCCAUUUUUUACGGCUGGGACACUGGGCUGAUGGGUGGCAUUUUGACUCUCGCGUCAUUCCAAGAUUACUUUGGGAUCAACAAGAUGUCUGCCUCUGCCCAAGCUAACUUCAAUGGGAACAUCGUGUCCAUUAUGCAAGGGGGGUGCUUCUUUGGCGUACUCGGAACUAGUUGGAUAUCCAGUCGAUUUGGGAGGAAAUGGUCUCUCAUUGCAUCUGGUAUCAUUUAUAUCAUCGGCAGUCUCCUUCAGGCUAUUGUAGGUCUUGGAAGCAAUCAAGUUGUCGCCCUGCGGGUGCUCUACUUCAGUCGGUUCUUUGCCGGCCUCGGAGUGGGCAUGGUAUCCGCUCUGGCACCGUCGUAUGUGUCGGAGUGCAUGCCAAGACACAUCAGAGGGCGAUGCACGGGCCUCGUCCAAUUCUCAAACAAUGUAGGAAUGAUGUUGAGUUUCUGGGUCAACUAUAGUUCUUCUAUCAACCUUCCAAGCGGCGACAUGCAGUGGAGGAUGCCUUUCCUCGUGCAGCUAGUUCCAGGCGUCCUCUUCGUCCUCAUGAUGCUCCCGCAGCCCGAGUCGCCUCGGUGGUUAGUGGAGAGGGGGCGCUACGCCGAAGCAGCGGAAACGCUGGCGUACGUCGUCAGGACGUCUGUUGAUGACAAAGCCGUCCUCCUCACGCUGGACGAGAUCAAGGCGGACUUUGUGGGCAAACAGCGUGUAUCCAUGCUCAUGCAGUUCCGCAUGAUGGGCGAGUCGCGUAAGAUCGCACUCCGGUGCCUCAUCCCCUCCAUCGCGACGUUCUUCCAGCAAUGGACAGGCACGAACGCGAUCAAUUACUUCAGCCCGCAGAUCUUUGCGGGGCUCGGAAUAUCUGGAACUACGUCCGGCCUAUUUGCCACGGGGAUCUACGGCUUGGUCAAAGUGAUUGCUGUGGGACUGACCCUCGCGCUCGCCGUCGAGAGCUGGGGUCGCAAAAUGUGUCUUUUUGUCGGCGGCUUGGGACAGGGAUUUGCAAUGCUGUGGAUUGGCGGAUUCAGCGCUGUCCAUCCGCAGACCACGAUCGUUCCAGCAAGCUAUGUCUCUAUCGUGGCCGUCUACCUCUACGCCGUUUUUUACUGUAUCGGUUGGGGCCCUCUACCGUGGGUCGUCGCCAGCGAGGUCUCGCCGAACCACCUCCGCCCAGCCGUCAUGACCUGCGCCGUCUGCGUCAACUGGUUGUUCUCGUUCACGAUAUCGCGCCUGACGCCGGUUAUGCUUGACCAUAUUACAUACGGGACUUUCCUCCUCUUUGGCCUCUGCUGCAUCGUCAUGUCCGCAUGGGUGUACUUCUUCCUGCCGGAGACGAAGGGAUAUGCGUUGGAGGACAUCAAGUACCUGUUUGAGAAGGACAUCAUCGUGAGAUCGCUGGAGGACUCGCCUGGAGGCCGAGUGUUCCUUGGGGGCAGACGCGCGACAUCGGUCGAGGAGCUGAGGAGAGCAGCGGACGUGCGCGAUUCGAGCUCGUCGGAGAUCAGCAUUGAACGGAAGGGCGACGAAGAGAGGAUCGAGAUUGCAGAGGUGGCGGAUCUGCAAAUCUGA